AUGGCAUCUGAACAACCGCACAAGUCCGAGAAGGACUGGCAACGAUCAGCCUCGUCUGAUUCGAGAACUGAAGUUGAGCACCACGAUUAUGGUGGCUCUUCCCGCAUGGCAUCCACCAGCGUGGAUGAGGGAGCUCGUCAACGCCAAAAGGCUUCCUCCAAGAUUGAGAAUCCCCUUGCUGGCCUGAGCCGCGAGCAACUCUCGGAUCUCGGUGAGAAGUACUGUCGUGAACAUGGUUUCACUGAAGAGGAGGACAUUCGCGCUUUCAAAGUAGGCGCCAUGUGCGCUGGAGACUGGAAUAGCUGGGACACGAUUCAGGGGCUCACAGAAAGCGAGCGUAGCUACAUGGACAAGGAGGUGACCCACAAGUGGACCAACCCCAAGACUCUCUACGGAGUCAUCGUCAUCUGCUCUCUUUGCGCAGCAGUGCAGGGCAUGGACGAAACCGUUGUCAACGGUGCUCAGAGCUUCUACAAGAAGGAGUUUGGCAUUGGUAGCGAUACCAAGUCUCGAGACACAUGGCUAGUCGGUCUAGUCAACUCGGCGCCGUAUCUUUGCUGUGCCUUCAUCGGCUGCUGGCUUACGGACCCAAUGAACAAGAAAUUCGGACGCCGUGGAACCGUCUUCAUCUCCUGUGUCAUAUCUGCUCUCGCUUGCUUCUGGCAGGCAUUCACAAACACCUGGUGGCAUAUGUUCAUCGCCCGUUUUGCUCUUGGUCUCGGUAUUGGUCCCAAGUCCGCUACAACUCCCAUUUUUGCUGCCGAGUGUUCUCCUCCGAAGCUGCGUGGUGCCUUGGUCAUGCAAUGGCAAAUGUGGACAGCGUUCGGAAUCAUGCUUGGAUAUGUCGCUGACUUGGCCUUCUACUUUGUCCCGGAUCACGGUAUCAAGCAGGGAUUGAACUGGAGGCUCAUGAUGGGUUCUGCUAUGAUCCCAGCUGUGGUCGUCUGCUGCCUCAUUCCGUUCUACCCAGAGUCUCCACGUUGGUACCUCACCAAGAACAGACACCAGGACGCUUUCAAGGCUAUUUGCAAGCUGCGAUACGAGAAGGUCCAGGCUGCUCGAGAUCUCUUCUACAUGCACACCCUCCUCGAAGCCGAGCGUGAGGCCAUGUCUAUCGGCAAGAGCAACCGCAUCAAGGAGUUCUUUACCGUAAGACGUAACCGUAAUGCUAUGGUUGCCUCAGAAAUCGUCAUGUUUAUGCAACAAUUCUGCGGUGUUAACGUCAUUGCCUACUACUCUUCAGAGAUCUUCCUGCAGUCUGGCUUCAGUGAGGUUAGCGCUCUAGCUGCGUCUCUUGGUUUCGGUCUGAUCAACUGGCUAUUCGCCCUUCCGGCGUUCUUCACUAUUGACCGAUUUGGCCGUCGUAAUCUCCUGUUGACAACGUUCCCACUCAUGGCUCUCUUCAUGCUGUUUACCGGAUUCUCAUUCUGGAUCCCCGAGAACAACAAGGCGCACAUUGGAUGCAUUGCACUUGGAAUAUAUCUCUUCGGCAUGGUCUACUCGCCCGGUGAAGGCCCAGUGCCCUUUACUUACUCGGCUGAGGCCUACCCACUUUACAUCCGUCCCAUCGGCAUGUCACUGGCAACGGCAACAACGUGGUUCUUCAACUUCGUGCUGUCUGUGACAUGGCCCUCGCUUCUCACGGCAUUCAAGCCACAAGGCGCCUUCGGCUGGUACGCCGCCUGGAAUAUCAUUGGAUUCUUCGCCGUGUUGUUCUUCGUGCCCGAGACCAAGGAGAAGACACUCGAGGAACUCGACAGCGUCUUCAGCGUCCCGUUGCGCAAGACCAUGGCAUACGGCGCCGCCCAGUUCUUCUACUUCUGGCGCCACUACGUCCUUCGGCAGGACAUCGCUAAGCCGCAGGUUCCGCACGACGAGCAUGUUGAGCAUAAUCGCAAGAGCUUCUUGCGUGAGAAGGAGAGCGACCCUACCCGCCGGGUCUAA